AUGUCUGCCCAUGUCCCAGUGGGUAACAUAGACUAUAACCUCUGGUUUAAAGACCAGCAAUACAGCCCGGGAGCCUAUCCUACCAUUGAUACCCUGCCUUUUCUUUGCCGUCAAGAUGCAGCAAUCUACAACGCGAAGAUACGGUUUCAACAAGAGACAAUGAGAGUUCACGAGACCAUUGCACCAACAACAGCAACAGCCUACGAUAUCACAGAUCUCAGUCGCCACGUCUUCGGCUAUUGGGAAAUGAUGCUUGGUAUAGCAAAAGCGGAUCCUGUUUGGGCGGCCAGUUACGGACGCAUUAAUACGCCGCGCUCCUUUAAUAGUAGUUGGAGUCACGCGAAGCAGCACAUCAGGGAGCUUAUCAUUAAGAACCAGCGUGCUGCAGACUCUGCAGCUACGCAGGCUGCCGCCGACGCUGUUGAUGGUGUUGAGGAGGUUGAUGAUGAAGGGGAAGAGGGAAGCGACGAAGAAAGUAUUGGCAGCGUUAUCGUUGUCGAGUACAACAAUGAUGGGGAGGAGGGUAACGACGGAGGAAUCGAUGAAGAUAAUGAAGGGGAAGAUAGCGAUGAAGAAAUGGAUGGCAGUGUUAUCGUUGUGGAGUACAACGAUGAUGAAGAAGAGGGCUAUGACGGCGAAAUGGAUGAAGAAGAUGAAGAAGAUGAAGAUAGCGAUGGGGAAAUAGUGGGAUUUUGGUGGGAUAAUACAGGGGCUUCUAGUGUCGUUUUGAAAUUCUUCCAAAAAGCAAAUAUAUACCAUUCGAAACUCGGAAUUGACUGCUUCUUUAAUCAUGUUAUCGGUUGUCAACUUGAAUUGCCAGAUUUAUAG